UUUCCUGUGCAAUGGCAUUUAAGAUUUUAUAUUAUAUUUUUGAUCCACAGUUUUAUUUACAGCGAUACUGUUGUGCUUUUGGUAUUCAGCCAGAGUGAGGUGCUGUCUGAGCAGAGAGGAGGUAUCUGACAAUAAUCAGUUCGCUGCUGAGCAGUGAUGAGUUUUGGCAGGAGUAUUCUUCCUAUAAACUCCUAAAUGGCAGCAACUGCUUUUUUCUGUUGAGCUUUUGCUAAACUUGAAUUUAUUCUUGUCACUAUUUCUUUUUGUACUGAAAUUAGUCCAAAAUGGUAAGCCUGGAAAUCUUUGCAGCAGAUUAAAGUAUUUGCAGAAAAGAAAAAGAAACACUUUCAUUUGAUCGUUGACAUUAUUAGGCUCUGAGUUGCCAGUCAGGGAAAGCUAAAGGCAUUGAAUGGAAAGCUUUGCCAAAGCAGGGUUUAUUGGUCUUUAUCCCUUCGGCUCUCGAGUAACUAAAUGAGUCGCUUGGUGGUCACUGCCUGGUCUGUGAACCCCCAAGAGCUAUGUGUGAACACAGGUCCGAAAGUAUCUAUUACGUUGCCCUCUUAAGGAAAGUGAUGCAGCGAGAGGGGCAUCAGACAGUCUAAGGAGCUGUUCAGCUGCUGGACCAUCUGGAAGGGAAAUAAAAGGCCUGGGCUAGGGGCUCUGGCAUUGUGCUUGUUUGUUAUUUGGUUUUCAUUUGCCAGACUUAGUCCCCUUUUCACUCCCUCCAAGCCAGAACAGACCUCCCCUUUGGCUGGGGUGCCAUUCUUACAAGCUCCUUUCUGUUCCUUGGUUGAACACUGGAAAGUACAUAAAUUCACAUAUCCUCUUCAUCAUUCCAGCCGCACCUCCAUCAGUUCUUUCACAGUCUCACUUGGCACUAUGAUUUCAUCAGCUGGGGUAAUGGACAUCUCUAUCAAGGUCUGCAGCCUUUGGCAGCCGUGUUUUGAGUUAUUUGGAAGGAAAAUGCUGCGAAUAAUUCUCAUUAUGGGUGGUUAUUGGGUGGUAAAUGUUUUGAUUAAUGGCUCUGUGCAUCUGCCCCUUAUUUAACCAUCCCUAGUUAGAACUCCUAAAUAUUGCCCACACUGGCCUUUUCAUUCCAAAGGAGUCAUAAAGCCUUCUAACAGUUUGGGAAGGGAGAUGGUGAGGAGAGACCCAGGCUUAUGGCAGCCUUCAUAAAACUAGAAUUGUUCUUUCUGGUUUGAAGGAGGGCUUAUCACUCAAAACUCAACAUUUUAAAUUGAUAAGAUUCCUACCAGUGGUGGGUACCAGUUAGGGUUUAACUCUGGAAAGCACUGGAUUGCACAGAUUAGACAUGUAUUUAUUUUAGAGAAGUAAUUUAACAAUUAUCAGUUCCUAGGCAACACCUGUUAUUGAAGAUAUGGGACUCUUCAUGAUCAUUUUUAUAUAAAAAAUUAUUUCUUCCAUUCUCUAAAUCCCAAAGGUGCUUUAGAAAAAAAGAGAAUGCUUAUUCUGUCUGUGUAUCCCUAGUGCCUUGUAGGCUAUAAUCAUUCAGUAGAUGAUAAAUGGGUUAAGGGAGAUGAGGAGAAAGAACCCCACGCUCCCAAUUCCAAUUUGGAAAAGAUUGUGGCCAAGGAGUAUUCCUUGGUAGCUUCUAACACUCAGUACUGUUCGGCUGACUAACACAUAAAAUUGGAGCCAAGUGGUUUGCCAAUGGUGUCAUCUCAGUGGUCCCGUUCAUCUGUUCUGUGUGCAUGUGUAGGAUUGAGACAGUAUAAUUUAGAGUCACACUAGAGUUCAAAUCUUGGCUCCACCCCCAUAUUAAAAAUGUUUAAUUUUGCCAACCCCCAAUAUCUACAUUUCGAAUGUGAAAGUGAUAUCUACUUCAAAUAAUUGGGAAGACUAAAUGAGAUGAUAUGCACAACAUGUUUAAUAUAAGCUGAACUCAUAGUUUAAAAAAUCAUUUCUUCUGAAUUCCCGGCUACACUCCAUCCUUUUUGCUUUUAUUUGACAUUAAAUUUAUCUAUUGUCUGCCCCUAAAGAUCAAGGAAGCUCUUACAUUACUUGCUGCCAUUGUCAUUUAGUAAUAUAAUGAUGUUUAUGUACAUAGUAUAUUCCCUGCCCAUUCUUGCUUUCUGUUCUCUGUCAUUCUCCUGCUUUGCUUCUUUGAAGAUAGAUCUAUGUCUGAUUGGCUUGUUUAAGCUACCCACUCCUUGGUUCACCCCUGCUUUGUAAACCGCAGGUAUUCUCUCUUGGUGGUUUUCUCAAUUCCCCUCUUGUAUUAACUUUCUCUGGGAUUAGCCAAUCUCACUUGCUUGUCACAUUUAACCCUCAGAGAUACUCUUCCAGAUGGGCAUUGUUUUUCUCGUCCUAUAAUCGAGGGCACUGAGAAAAUGUUUUAGUACACAGUCUCCUCCAAAGUUUCAUCCUGUAACAAAGACUUGCAGCUGAAGUUUGUGAAUCCAUUGAGUUAAUUCCUAGCCCAUUGAAGUAAACUUCAGAUAGCUCUACACAGUGCAGUCUGGCAGUCGGUGUUGGUUUUCUACCUCUGUUGGUUAUUUCUGAGACUGAAGAUGCCUUUGGGAAAGGGCAGGAUGGGGAAAGUGGCAAGGUGUAUGUGGAAAAAAUAGGUACUAAAUGAUUUUCAUAUGCUCUUUUCUAUAGCCCUCAUUUGGGGUAAGUUUCCUCCCCAAAAUAUCCAUAUACAAAGUCCAUGAUAGUUACUGAGUCGUGGUGUGAAGAACAGACUAACUGUACUAUGCAUUUGGGGGAAGAUAAAAAAAAACAAAAACAAAAAACGUGGUGGAUCUUUCCCUUAAAGAAAUUUCUGCCAAGUAGGGAGGGAAAAAAAAUUCCUGCACAUGAAAUUACUGAUGAACAUUUGGGGAAUAAUAUUAACCAGUAAAAAUGCAUUCUGUGCCAGAUGAGUACUGACAACUUGUCACCAUGUGUAACAUCUCCUGGAUGUUUCAGUAUGAGCAUUUGUUCCACAGGGUUGGGGCUUCCCCCCCCCCACCCUCCUCCAGUCAAAUGUUUUUCUAAGCACAGUGUCUGGAGAAGGAGGGAGAUAAAGGAGAGUUUUAAGAAGGAAAACUGCUAUAAAAUGAAAGAGAUUUGAUUUGGUGAAAAUCCAGUGACCUCCCAAAGGGUGGGGUAUGAGAGUUUAUCAAAUUUGGAGCAGCAGAUAAGAUCAGGAAUUCUCAGUACAUUGUUUUAUUGCUCUCUUCUGUUGGUUUAGAUGGGCAAAUCCCCUUCCAUUAAAACUAAUCUUAAAAAAGGGAAGUCUUAGAAUGCUUUUGCAUUUUUAAAUAUAUAUGCAAAACCGAGCAAAAGCAGAGUAGUCUGACGUUAUAAAGUUGGUCAGAAGGGACCAUAAAAGUCAGAGUGAGUCUGAGAGCUGUGGCAACACUGCAAAUCCCAGAGCACCUUGGGGAUUCUCAGCAGAUCUUAGUUGACAAUUAACUGGUCAACUCUAAGUGAAUCUCAUUAGCCAACCCUUAGCCUUGUCUUAAUUCUUAGCUCUUGUGGCUUUUCAUAACACCUUGGUGUUUCUUUAUUGAUGCUUUGAUGUUUAUAUAGCACUCUCGACUUAUUUUGAAAACAUUUACAUAGCAAUUAGUUAACCCAACAGACCAACCCUGGGAAGACAGCCAGAGCCAGCAAGCAGUACCUUAGUAAUAGAAAAACUGAUAAUUAGGAGACCUGUCCAAGACCAAGAGCCUGGACCAAAACUGUGCCAUGUCACUUUAAUGGGUGGCCCUGGUAAAAAUUGAGCUGUGUGGCAGAGCUGUUCACAUUCGUCUUCUGAGUCCACUUAGUUCUGCUGAAACCCUUGGGAAGAUUGUGGCUCUGUUCUAGCUUGUCACAUGUGGAACAGCUGUCCACGGAAAGGAGGCGAUUACGCUCUAGAGCAGCACUGCUUUGUUAUAGAAAGCCUUUGAUUUUCAUUUCUGGCCAUGUUCGACAUCUUAGCUUACGUGCUUGCCAUGUUGUAGCGAUCUGCUUUGUGGAAUAUCGCCUCUAAAUUAGAGAGUUUUCCCUAACUUGCCUUGUUAAAGGUGUUUGGUUAGUGCAAGGUGCUGCUUUUUUAUAGCCAAGGGGCUGGUUCUGAGAGCUUUGUUGCAGACGGAUGAGGUCAUGGUCUCAAGGGUAUAUGUUGUGUUUGGCCUCCAUUGCAUCAUGAUGAAAGCACGUUCAGACGUCCAGGCUUCAGGCUUUCAUUGGAAGAUCCAGCACAAUAAAGAUGAAUUAUCAUGCAAGUAAAAAAAACCUAGAUUUUGUUCUUAAAGUUCAAGGUAUCUGGAAUUUUAUGAUGUGUAUUUUUAGCAAAAAUAACUCUGAAAGUUACUGAUGACUCCAAGUUUUGACUGAUCCUAAGGAAUGUGGCAAAAUGGAAAGCCUGGGGUAUGGGUAGGUCAGAGAGAUGGAAGAUGGAUUAACCAGGCAUAAAGAGGUAAGAUGCUACAGACAGCGGAGGCGCCCUGAGUUGCUGUAUGAUUCGUAUAAGCCAGUUGGUGUCUCUUUCAAACCUCACCGUCUGAAAGGUUGGAGUAGUGUUUUCCCCUUUCUCUAGGCAACUAAGCAUUAUCUAAAACUCCCUGGGACUAACGUGAGCUUCAGGGAAUACUCUUCCUGUCACACUUCAUCUAAUUGCACCAACCAAGUUAAUUGAGUUGCUUUUUGAGGAACUGGAGUAAAAGGCAUUUGGUCUCUUGUAAACAGGGAGGUGGUUUUGUAGCGGAUGAGUUCAUCCACUGCUUCUUGCUGUAGUUUCUGGUCUAACUACUGUGGGAGGCAUCUAAGCUGAACAAAGUAGAACUAAUCAGCUUGGCCACACCGGCAGAUUGCAACAUCUGGACAGGAGGUCUGGAGCUCGCUGACUCGCCCGAGUUUUUGGCACUAACAAUUAGUUCAUUUGAAUGAUCUGGCUGUCAAAAGUGGCUUUUCACCUUCUUUACGUCCUGGGCCAGAAGAGCCAAUAGAGAACUGCUGUCAGCUUUGAGUGUGGCAAUCUGGCCAUCCGCCCCGGGACCAGGCAGAAGACAAAGGUGAGCGCUGUGGGCUAUGGGAUGGAUGAGGCGGAGCAGGACCAGCAUGAGGCCCGACUCAAGGAGCUGUUUGACAGUUUUGACACGACGGGCACCGGGUCUCUGGGGCAGGAGGAGCUCACCGAGCUUUGCCACGUGUUGAGCUUGGAGGAGGUGGCCCCAGUGCUGCAACAGACGCUGCUUCAGGACCACCUGGGCAGGGUGCACUUUGAUCAAUUUAAAGAAGCAUUAAUACUUAUCUUGUCUAGAACUCUAUCAAAUGAGGAACACUUUCAAGAACCAGACUGCUCACUAGAAGCUCAGCCCAAAUAUGUUAGAGGUGGGAAGCGUUACGGACGGAGGUCCUUGCCCGAGUUUCAAGAAUCGGUGGAGGAGUUUGCAGAGGUGACAGUGAUCGAGCCACUGGAUGAAGAAGCGCGGCCUCCACACAUCCCAGCCAGCGAGCGCGCCGAGCACUGGAAGACCCAACACAGUGAGGAGUAUGAAGCGGAAGGCCAGUUAAGGUUUUGGAACCCAGAUGAUUUGAAUGCCUCGCAGAGCGGGUCUUCCCCUCCCCAAGACUGGAUAGAAGAGAAACUGCAAGAAGUUUGUGAAGAUUUGGGGAUCACCCGUGAUGGUCACCUGAACCGAAAGAAGCUGGUCUCCAUCUGUGAGCAGUAUGGUUUGCAGAAUAUUGAUGGAGAGAUGCUUGAGGAAGUAUUCCAUAAUCUUGAUCCCGAUGGUACAAUGAGUGUGGAAGAUUUUUUCUAUGGUUUGUUUAAAAAUGGAAAAUCCCUUACACCAUCAGCAUCUACUCCAUAUAGACAACUGAAAAGACACCUCUCCAUGCAGUCUUUCGACGAGAGUGGACGGCGCACCACCAUCCCAUUGGCAAUGACGAGUACCACUGGCUUCCGGGUCUUCUCCUGCCUGGACGAUGGCAUGGGCCACGCAUCUGUGGAGAGAAUACUUGACACCUGGCAAGAAGAGGGCAUCGAGAACAGCCAGGAGAUCCUGAAGGCCUUGGAUUUCAGCCUUGACGGAAACAUCAACUUGACGGAAUUGACGCUGGCUCUUGAAAAUGAACUUUUGGUCACCAAGAACGGCAUUCACCAGGCGGCUCUGGCCAGCUUUAAGGCUGAGAUCCGGCAUUUGUUGGAACGAGUUGAUCAAGUGGUCAGAGAAAAAGAGAAGCUACGGUCAGAUCUGGACAAGGCUGAGAAGCUCAAGUCCUUAAUGGCCUCCGAGGUGGACGAUCACCACGCGGCCAUAGAGCGGCGGAAUGAGUACAAUCUCAGGAAACUGGACGAAGAGUACAAAGAGCGAAUAGCAGCCUUGAAGAAUGAACUCCGCAAAGAGAGAGAGCAGAUCAUGCAACAGAUGGGCAAGCAGCGGUCCGAACUUGAGCAGGAAAUUGAAAAGGCAAAAACAGAAGAGAACUACAUCCGGGACCGCCUUGCCCUCUCUUUAAAGGAAAACAGUCGUCUGGAAAAUGAGCUUCUGGAAAAUGCAGAGAAGUUGGCAGAGUAUGAGAAUCUGACAAACAAACUUCAGAAAAAUUUGGAAAAUGUGUUAGCAGAAAAGUUUGGUGACCUCGACCCCAGCAGUGCUGAAUUCUUUCUGCAAGAAGAGAGGCUGACACAGAUGAGAAAUGAGUACGAGCAGCAGUGCAGGGUAUUACAAGACCAAGUGGAUGAACUCCAGUCUGAGCUGGAAGAAUAUCGUGCACAAGGCAAAGUAUUCAGGCUCCCUCUGAAGAACUCACUGUCAGAAGAACUUGAUGUUAGCAGUGGUGGCAUUGAGGCUGAACAGGGGCUUGGUUCUGAAGAAUGCAAUCCACUGAACAUGAGCAUCGAGGCAGAGCUCGUCAUCGAACAGAUGAAAGAACAACACCACAGGGACUUAUGUUCCCUCAGACUGGAGCUGGAAGAUAAAGUGCGCCAUUACGAAAAGCAGCUGGAUGAAACUGUGGUCACCUGUGAAAAGGAGCGGGAGCACAUGAAGCAAAGGCAUGAGAAUGAAAUACGCACCUUGGAAAAACAAAUAAGUGACCUUCAACAUGAAAUUGCAGAACUGCAGGGGCGGGCGGUAGUGCUCCAGGAGGAGCACCACGAGACCACCUGCAGGCUCGAGGAGGAGAAAAAACAGCUGCAGAUGCAGUUGGAGGAAGAAAAGACUCACCUGCAGGAGAAGCUGAGGCUAGAACAUGAGAAAGAGCUCAAGGUUAGACUGGCACAGGCGGAGGAAGGCUUUGAGCGGGAGAGGGAGGGACUCCUUCAAAGUAGCACCUGGACAGAUGAGAAGGUGCAGGGUUUGACUCAGGAACUAGAGCGAUUUCACCGGGAGCAGCUGGCGAGCCUGGUGGAGAAGCACACUCUUGAGAAAGAGGAGUUGAGAAAAGAGCUCUUGGAAAAGCACCAAAGGGAACUUCAAGAGGGAAGGGAAAAAAUGGAAACAGAAUGUAAUAGAAGAACCUCUCAAAUAGAAGCCCAGUUUCAGGCUGACUGUCAGAAAGUCACUGAGAAAUGUGAAAGUGCUCUGCAAAGCCUAGAGGGGCGCUACCGCCAAGAGCUGGAGGACCUUAUGGAACAGCAGCACGAGGAGAAAUCCCAGUGGGAGUUUGAGAAGGACGAGCUCACCCAGGAGUGUGCAGAAGCCCGGGAGCAGCUUAAAGAGACUCUUCAGAGAGAGAAAGCAACUUCUCUGGUCCUGACCCAGGAGAGAGAGAUGCUAGAGAAAACUUACAAAGAACAUUUGAACAGCAUGGUCGUCGAGAGAGAGCAGCUGCUGCAAGACCUGGAAGAUCUAAGAAAUGUGUCCGAAAGCCAGCAAAGCCUGCUGUCUGGCCAGAUACUUGAGCUGGAGAGCAGUCACGAAAGAGGACUGAGGGGCCGUGAGCAGGUCGUCUGCCAGGCAGGGGCCUCCGAGCAGCUGGCCAGCCAGCGGCUUGAAAGGCUUGAAAUGGAACGUGACCAGGAAAGGCAGGAAAUGAUGUCCAAGCUUCUGGCCGUGGAGCAUGUCCACAAAGUGACCUGUGAGAAGGCAGAUCGAGAGAGGGCUGAGAUGAGCACAGAAAUCUCCAGGCUUCAGAAUAUAAUCAAGGAAAUGCAGCAGGUGGCAUCUCCUCUCUCCAGACUUCAGAGUGGCUGCCAGGUGGUGGAAGGGGAGGACGUGGAAGGAAAUGGAGCCAUGUCCCUGCUUCAGCAAGGGGAGCAGCUAUUGGAAGAAAAUGGAGAUGUCCUCUUAAGCCUGCAGAGAGCUCAUGAACAAGCAGUGAAGGAAAAUGUGAAAAUGGCUACAGAAAUUGCUAGAUUGCGACAAAGGCUGCAAAUAUUAGAGCCUGGGUCGGUGAUUUCUUCUUGUUUAGAUGAGCCAACUGCUGAGUUUUUUGGGAAUUCUGCAAAACAAACAGAGCCGUUGUUACUGCAAAACCAAAUGAAACAAGUAAAAGGUGCGACCACAAGGCAUAGUCUAAGUGACCUGCAAGACAGUGAGGUCCAGGACCUGAGAAGUACGGGGACGAGCUCUGCUCACAGCCAAGAGGUCAGAAUAGAGGGGUCAGAGGCUUCAAUAGAGAGUUUUUCUGAGCUUGAAAACAGUGAAGAGACCAGGACCGAAAGCUGGGACCUGAAGAAUCAGGUUAGUCAUCUCCAGGAACAACUAACGAUCUUACGCAAAGAUUGCGAUCGAGCUUCCGAAAAGAAACAGGAUCUGCUUUUUGACGUGUCUGUGCUAAAAAAGAAGCUAAAGAUGCUUGAGAGGAUCCCUGAGGCUUCUCCCAAGUAUAAGUUGCUAUAUGAAGACGCUAGUAGAGAAAACGACUGCCUCCAGGAAGAGCUGAGGAUGCUGGAGACACGCUACGAGGAGGCACUGGAGCACAACAAAGAGCUCACCGCAGACGUUUUCAGGCUGCAGGAUGAGCUGAAGAAAGUGGAGGAAGUGACAGAAACAUUCCUGAGCCUGGAAAAGAGUUACGAUGAGGUCAAAACAGAAAACGAGGAGCUGAAUGUUCUGGUUUUGAGACUGCAGAGAAAGAUCGAGAAGCUGCAGGAAAGAGCAGCCCGACAAUGUGACUGCUUCUCCUUGUGGGAAGCUCGUUUAGAUAACCUGGAAGUGGAACCUCGUGAAAAGAUACUUGAACCCAGUCAGACACUGGGAGAGUGUGCGCCCAAGGUUGUGAGUGUACACCACAUUACAGAAGAGUGUGAACAAGGAAAGCGCUACCUUGAGCAGGGGAAUACAGGGCUCUUGGAAAAUGGAAAAGCACAUGAAAUUGCCUGGUUACAUGGAACAAUUCAGACACAUCCAGAAAAGCCAAGAGUACAGAAUCAAGUCGUACUGGAGGAAACCACUUCUCUGCGAGGCAUUCAAGAGAAACAUUUUCAGCGCCAGGCCACGAUAGCAGAGUUAGAACUGGAGAAGAAAAAGCUACAGGAGCUGACUAGAAAGUUGAGGGAAAGAGUCACUACGUUAGUUAAGCAAAAAGAUACUCCUUCUCAAGGAGAGGAGGAGGAAGAGCUGAAGGCAAACAUGCAUGACCUGCAGAUCACAUGCAGUGAGAUGCAGCAAACAGUUGAACUUCUGAGAUAUGAAUCUGAAAAGCUUCAAGAGGAAAAUUCUAUUUUGAGAAAUGAAAUUACUACUUUAAAUGAAGAAGAUAGCAUUUCUAACCUGAAAUUAGGGAAAUUAAAUGGAUCUCAGGAAGAAAUGUGGCAAAAAAUAGAAACUGUGAAACAGGAAAAAGCUGCAGUUCAGAAGAUGGUUGAAAAUUUAAAGAAACAAAUUUCAGAAUUAAAAAUCAAAAACCAACAGUUGGAUUUAGAAAAUACAGAACUUAGCCAAAAGAACUCUCAAAAUCAGGAAGAAUUGCAAGAACUUAAUCAACGUCUGACAGAAAUGCUAUGCCAGAAGGAAGAGGGGCCAGGAAAUAGUAUAUUGAAGGAAUGGGAAGAACAACAAUCUCAUUUGAAAGAAGAACUGGAACACUGUAAAGUCCAGUCCUCCGCUUUAGUGUCUUCUCUGGAGGCGGAACUUUCUGAAGUUAAAAUACAAACCCAUAUUGUGGAACAGGAAAACCUCCUUCUCAAAGAUGAACUGGAGAAAAUGAAACAACUGCACAGAUGUCCUGAUCUCUCUGACUUCCAGCACAAAAUUUCUAGUGUUCUAAGCUACAAUGAAAAAUUGCUGAAAGAAAAGGAAGCUCUAAGUGAGGAAUUAAAUAGCUGUGUGGAUAAGUUGGCAAAAUCAAGUCUUUUGGAGCACAGAAUUGCUACAAUGAAGCAGGAACAGAAGUCUUGGGAACACCAAAGUGAGAGCUUAAAGUCACAGCUGGUGGCGUCACAGGAAAAGGUUCAGAAUUUAGAAGAUACCCUGCAGAAGGUAAACCUACAAAUGUUCCAGAUUAAAUCUGACCUACGAGUGACUCAGCAGGAAAAGGAGGCUUUAAAACAAGAAGUGAUGUCUUUACAUAAGAAACUUCAGAAUGCUGGUGACAAGAACUGGGCCCCAGAAAUAGCCACCCAUCCAUCAGGGUUCCAUAACCAGCAGAAAAGGCUUUCUUGGGACAAGUUGGAUCAUCUGAUGAAUGAAGAACAGCAGCUGCUUUGCAAAGAGAACGAGAGACUUCAAACCGUGGUACAGAACACCAAAGCAGAACUCACACAUUCCCGGGAGAAGGUUCGUCAACUGGAAUCCAGCCUUCUUCCCAAACACCAAAAACAUCUAAACUCAUCAGGUACUGUGAAACCCACAGAGCAAGAAAAGCUGAGCUUAAAGAGAGAGUGUGAACAGUUUCAGAAGGAAGGAUCUCCUACUAAUAGAAAGAUCAGUCAGAUGAAUUCCCUUGAACGAGAAUUAGAAACAAUUCAUUUGGAAAAUGAAGGCUUGAAAAAGAAACAAGUAAAACUGGAUGAGCAGCUCAUGGACAUGCAGCACCUGAGGUCCACUGUGAUGCUUAGCCCGUCCCCUCACGCUUGGGAUCUGCAGCUGCUCCCGCAGCAGGCCUGCCCCAUGGUGCCCAGGGAGCAGUUUCUGCAGCUUCAACACCAGCUGCUGCAGGCAGAGAGGAUAAACCAGCACCUGCAGGAGGAACUUGAAAACAGGACCUCCGAAACCAACACUCCACAGGGAGAUCAGGAACAACUGGUAACUGUCAUGGAGGAACGAAUGAUCGAAGUUGAACAGAAACUGAAACUGGUGAAAAGGCUUCUUCAGGAGAAAGUGAAUCAGCUCAAAGAACAACUCUGCAAGAAUACUAAAGCAGAUGCAAUGGUGAAGGAUUUGUAUAUUGAAAACGCACAGUUAUUGAAAGCUCUGGAAAUGACUGAACAGCGACAGAAAACAGCAGAGAAGAAAAAUUACCUCCUGGAAGAGAAGAUUGCCAGCCUCAGUAACAUAGUCAGGAAUCUGACACCAGCGCCACUGGCUUCUACACCUCCUUUGAGGUCAUAGCCAAACCAAAGGAUACACUCAUAUUUGUGCACUUUACUGAAAUAGAUGGAACAUUUCAGUAGGCUCUCUCAACGCUUUUUUU